AUUUUAAGGUUAUGUCACGGCAAUCAUCUCCGGACCAACGAUUUCUCGAAUUCUCGGAUAAUUACGAGCAUCCUGACCAAGGAGUUGAUUAUAUUGUGGAGAAUGAAAUAUUUAGCCCAUCGUCAGAAUUUACAAAAUCCUACGAAGACCUCAGGGAAGCCUUCAAUAGCUAUCUCUCAUCAAGCUGUGCUUGCUCAGACAAUGACUGCACUUCAGAUUCUUGUCCACAUGGGAAAAAUUACCAAUUAUUCGUCCAUCCAGCUACAUCUAAGACUGAGCUUGUUCUAAACCCGUCCAGGAGCACUAAGGAAUUUCUUUGUGAGUGCUCCCAAUUCUGCAAAUGCCCAAAAUCCUGUAAAAAUCGUCGGGUUCAAUUUGGUCCUAGGGAUGAUCUCGAAAUUAAAUGUUGUGAAGGCAAGGGCAUGGGAUUGUUCACGAAAUCCUUCAUUCCUGCUGGGGCAUUUAUAUGCGAAUAUGCUGGAGAAUUGCUAACGGAGAGUGAAGCCAGGAAAAGAGAUGUGGAGCCAAACCCAAUGAAGUAUCUACUUUGCCUCAAUGAAAUCUCAGCAAGUGCGAACAAAAUUCAGACUUUUGUUGAUCCCAUCCGGAGAGGAAAUAUCGGGAGGUACCUGAAUCAUAGUUGUGAACCAAAUUGUGAGAUUUUGAGCGUCAGAGUAGACAGCAUUAUCCCGAAACUUGGAAUAUUUGCAACAAAAGACAUAUGCGCAGGGCAGGAAUUAACAUUUGACUACGCAGGAGGCAGUGCUCAAAGUCUAGGAGAAAAAUCCUGCCUGUGCCGGUCAGAAAAUUGCAGAAAAUUUCUCCCUAAUACAAAAUUUUGACCAGUAAAUUCAAAAUUGCAACCCCUUUGAGUGCGUGAAGUUAGUUGCAAUUCGAGGGUUUUCGUCUGAAGAAGUGUCAUUUUUGUUGCCCGCAAAAUUUUAUUUACUUGUGUUUUUCUAGUGAAAAAUCAACGAAAAUGUCGAAAUUUGGGUUUGGUACACCAACCACAACCCAGCCAGGGGCCCCUGGAGUACAGUCCUUUGGCACAACAACGUCUGUACCUAGUUUUGGCGGUUUUGGGGCCACGCCAGCCCCCAAUCCUACCACACAGGCUGGCUUCUCUUUUGGAACCACUCCGGCAGCAAGUUCCACAGGAUUGAGCUUUGGAGCAACGCCUCAACCUCAAGCGUCAUUUGGAUUUGGAGCCCCUCAGACAACUUCUGCACCUCUUAAUUUCGGUACUCCAACACCAGCAGCACCAUCUGUGCCGUCAUUGGGUGGAUUUUCUGGAUUAGCAGCUACUGCAGCUAAACCUACUCCAACAACUUUGUCCUUUCCUCAAACAUUUGGCACGAAUCCCACCACUUCAGCUCCUACAUUGAGCUUCAAUGCCCCAACGACGUCUAUUGGUUUGAAUUUUGGGGCUCCGACUGCAACAACAAGUGCUCCAUUGUUCAAUUUUAACACCAGUACUCAACCUCAAGCUCAGCCUCCUGGAUUGUUAGGGGCCAAGACCACUGGUGCUUCCUUCAGUUUCCCAGCUCAAUCGACAACGGGAGUUUUUGGCGGAGUGCCUACAGCCACAACAGCUACAACGACGCAGUCCGUGGGAUUGGGAGGAGUUGAUAUAGCCACACAGCCAAAAACGACUGAAGGAACGGAUGCAGCAAAGAUCAAAGAAGCCCAGUUGCCACAGGAAAUUGUGGUGACGGUAAAGGGUCUUGAGGAUCACAUCAAGGAACAGCGUAAGAGUUCUGAUAUUGCGCGUAAUUUUGAUCAGAAGUUGAAGAAGGUGGAAAAUGAGACGGAAUCUGUGCGAAGGACCCUGUCGGAAAUCAGUAAUAAGAUUGUGAAGAAUUAUUCGGCCAUCAAGCAGCUGAAGGCUGAAACAAAUGAGGCAAUUCAAAAUGCCGAGAUGGCACAGAGAACUCAUGAGACACCCAAUGGGCUGCAAUUUGAGAAUACCGCUCCACUCAAGUACUUCCUGGACAUCAUACAGAAGUACGAGAAUGAGAUGAUUGUGUUCAGGAAUCAGGUGGAAUUGACAGAGAAGCAUAUGUAUUCACUGAUGACACCACAAAAUUCCACAGCUGACGAUCUCAAGAGGGGCCUUCAUCAGAUCCAUGAGAGUUUUAUUGCCUUAGCUGGGCGUCUCCAUGAGAUCCAUCAGAGAGUGGAGGCACAGAAGGAGCACUAUUUGAAUAUCAGAAAGUUCUACCUCAAGGACUUUACGGAUGUGUUUGAGGAGGCGGAAAAACGUGAUGAUCCCAGGGAUUUGUCAAAAAUCUCCAAAGGGCCAACACCCUUUUCAACACUCACCAGUAUCAAUCUCGGGCAGACGGGUGUGCCCCAUUCAGCGCCAAAUACUCAAAGUGGAACAUCCUUUGGGGGUCUUUUUGGCUCAUCUGGAGGAAUGUCUGGAGGUAGUUCAUUCUUUGGCGGAGGAUCUGGAGGUUUGUUUCCCGGCACAACAAAUGAAAGUAGUUUCAAUCUGCAGAAGCCACCGUUGGGCAACAAGAGGAAUAAACCAUGAUUUUAUAGGAUUUUUUGAUGAAUUUUUCCAUGCGUACAAAAGAGAAAGAAAAAUCAGGUGAAGUAAAAAGUUCUGAGAGCCCUUCUAAAACUUUAUUUUGGAAAUUAAAUUAAAUUGCUAGAGAUCCUCAAUUAA